GAAACAUUCAGCGAUAGUGGUUGAUCGUAAAACACCGUAAACAUGCCUGGACGGAGUCGGCCAAUCGAUAAAUUUGCCGCAGCGGUUGGCAAGUGCUCGAAAGAGAGUGCUGUGUAUGGCAAAUGCAUACUGGCCGACUAUAACAAUGUACACAAGGACAAAUGCGCCGCCGAGUUCAUGAAGCUCAAAGACUGCUAUCUGGCUGCGUACAAGAAGCGAUGAGACGGUGGCAAUGGCCCCUCAGCUCAAUUCGUAGAAUCCUUGGUACAUCGCUGGGGUUAUACUCCAAGACCACAUUAUAGCCAGUUUCCACUUAUUGGGUCUAUUAUGUGGACAGAGAUGUACGCCAAUCGUUCCAACAGGACAAAGCCUCGUGGUGAGCAAGCUGACGUGCUCAUCAGCGACAAUCCAUAAAUUUCAAUUGUUCGAUUUGUUCAUCUACUCAUAUAUAACGUCGAGACGUCGCAAAUGACCCAACACUGUUUUCAACG